AAUAAGUCACUUUAUGUUUAUAUUAUAAUGUGGUUGACAGUUGUGUUUAAUUUAUUUGACUCAAAUGCUGACAAACUGUGGAUCCAUAGGGACAAAAGGUAUCUUCCUUUUCCUAUGGGUUCAGGCAAUAAGCUGCAAAUUAUUACAGGUUUUGGUAUACCGGUAGACCUCAAAGAUGACGAUGUCACAUUUGGCUUGAUUAUGAAGACAAAUUACGAACUGCCAACGAAUUCUGCGCAUUUCACCCGCCCUGAAGAGGCCUUUGGAAUCUCUGGCGACAAACAAUUGACAAGAUGGACAUUUUAUGACAUUGUGAGAAAUGCAUUAGAUAGGCUCUCCUUCGAUGGGCAAAACUGUUUGCUGAAAAGCAUUUGCCAGGCUGCUUUCACAGCUUUCGAAUACAAUGGCUUGUUUGGCGAAAUCCUCCAGAUACUAUUUGUACCUUCCACUACAUCAAAUGACAAUCGUAGACGAGAUGGUGAAUUGAGCGAAUACGAAAAAGCAGAAAUGGUAGGAAGAGAAGCAGCAGAUGACAGAAAGUGCGAUGAAAUAUUUCAAAACUGCUCUUUAAGCCUUAUGGAUCUAAUUACAACCCUCGAAACUGAUGUUUUGGAAAAUAUUGUGCUUAAGAUUGUAUAAAAAAUCUAAA